AUGGAAGAAAUUGAAAAAAAUCGAAUAGAAGAAAACCAAGAAGAAAUCCAAACGAGUCAAAUAGAAGAAAACCAAACAGGAGAAAUCUUCACUUCCCAAGAUACACUUCGAAAAUGUAGAAACAGAAAAGAAGAAUCAUCUCAGCAUCGUAAGAUAUGUCUCAAUACCGAGGAAGAAAUGGAUAUUCAAAAUGAAGAAGACGAAAUAUAUGUUCUAGAUAAUGAAAAUGAAAUGGAUGUUCUAAAAGACGAAAACGAAAUGGAUAUGAGUGUUUUAGAUAAUGAAGAUGAAAUAGAUACGUUAGAUGAUACUAAUUUGCAACAAGAAGUUGAUAUGCCUCAAAAUAAAUUAAACCACGUAUAUUGUCUAACUUGUAAUGAAAAAUUUCCAUCUAUAGUGCUUGUCAUGGGAGAAUGUUAUCGUUGCUAUUCUGAGAAAACCUUACCAAAAAAAUUUUCAUUAGAAAAUAAUAUGGAUCCAGGUGAGGUACCUGAAGAACUCCAAGGACUUACUGAAAUUGAAGAGAUGUUGAUUGCACAAGUUUUCCCAGUUAUGGUGGUUUACAGACUUUGCGGAGGACAAUACGGAUACAGAGGAAAUAUUAUCAACUUUCCUCAAGACAUAGAAGAAUUUACUACUUGCCUUCCUAGACACCCAUCUUCAUUGAAUGUGCUUAUUGUACGUCGGCAUUCCGAAAGAGACUCAGCAUCAUUCAAAGAUUUUAGAGAUAGUUUUAUUGAUGAUCAACUUCAGAAUAAUCAAUUAAUAGAUGAUGAUUUCAAUGAAGAAAAUGAGGAUGAGGAUGAAGUAAUUACACGUACCUUCGUACCUUGCUACAUGGCAUGGGCAUUUCCAACUCUCUACCCAACUGGAUACGCUGACCUUCAUGUAGAACGUAUUAGGGAUGUUAAACUAGCUGAGUAUUUUAAACAUUUAUUACAAUAUAAGGAUGGAAGGUUUGCUCGUUAUAAUCGUUGGAGAUAUUUCGCACUUAAUUCUCAAAUGAGAUGGCGAGCCCUACAGGAAGGGAAAGUGUACGUUAGACAGAAUUUUAGUGACAAUCAGCUUACAGUUACAGAAAUUCAGGAGAAGAUUGCUGCAGGUGAUACACAUAUGGCUGAUCGGAUUAUGAGAUUUGGUUCGCAAGGGUUAAUAUUCUUUACAUUUAGCACCACUGAUUUACAUUGGCCUGAACUUCAUAAACUUAUGCUAUCUGAAGAAAAUUAUAAUCAAAACAUCAUCGACAAUCCUCAUAUUGCAACUUGGGGUAGUGUCCAUGUACAUAGAAUCGGAAAGAUAAGAAAUGCAUCUAAAAUUGAAUGGGAACAAAUAAAGGAAGAUGAGAGUUCAUUAAGAAAAGUAGUACAAUAUAUAGACUCUCUAGUUACUAUGAUUAACCCGAGGCCUAAUGCCCCUAUACCUGACCGACACCCAUGUAAAAAAUGUCGUGACGAACUGCACGAUGACCUACAAGAUUAUAUUGAAUUAGAAGAAAGCAACUAUACCUUUUUGCGUGAUGACAUUUAUGGCAAUCCAGAACUCAUAACGGCAAGAAAUGAUGCGUAUAUAAAUCCACAUAACAGACUUCAAAUACAAGGGUGGAGAGCAAAUGUUGAUUUAAAACCCAUUCUUAGUAUCCAUGUAGCUCUACAAUAUAUUUGCAAAUACGCGAGUAAGGCAGAACCACGAUCAUUGGCCUUUUCAGAGAUAUUAGAUCAGAUACUUCAUAAUAAACGUGACAUAUCCGCUCAAGAAACCUGUCAUCUUCUUCUUGGAAUUCCUCUUUACCAUUCAAGUCGAACAUUUGUUUCAUUAAAUAUUAAUAAAGAAAUAGGUCCUAAUUCAAUUCUUGAACAUUCUUUCGACCUUGGAUCUCGUGAUAUUGAUCGAAAUCAUGAUUGGAUCAAUGAAAAGAGUACAGAAACAGAUGAAAAUGUAACCUUGAUUACUGAUGUAGUAGAUUAUCAAACUUUAAAUGAAAAACAAAAAAUAAUUUUUGAUCGAGUAGAAUCACAUUAUCAUAAUGUACUUAAGGGUUUUCAAGUUGAGCUAUUGAGAAUUAUAAUCAUCGGUACUGCUAACACAGGAAAAUCAUAUCUCAUUAAGGCAAUCAGAG